GCAUCUGUUCGACAGUAAAUUAACCACGAUAACGUAUAGUAGUACAAUGGUGUAGGCUUGCCCGCACAACUGUAGACUGUUAAUGCAUUUAUUGUAUAUCUGUAUACAACACAUUUACAUUCGUGGAAUCAACUCAAGUGUGGCAGUUUUGUGAUUAGUUGAGUUACAUUGGUCGUACGUAGAACUUGAUUGAAAAUCUCGUAAAAACGUCAUAAUAUUCCGUUAAAAAACACUUCUCCUACAUUCAAGGCCAUUUAUGCAUGUGCAAGUUUUGCGGCACAUUGACAAUUACGAUAGCAACUUUGAUUUACAAUGACCUUGCCCAAGGCGUAAUCUUGUGACAAAAACAUUCAUCGAAAUAACUAAACUGUAAUUCCUGAAACAGCUGUAGAUAUUAUUUCAUAAGUUCAAAUAUUAUAAUACAAUACUACUGUCAAAUAAAAAAACAGGGUCAAUCAUAAAAAAAAAAUUAUUGAAAGUGUUUCCAACAAAUCUUUAACGCUGAUAUUUAUGAACACCAUAUAUGAUGUAAUAGACUGCCUGGUAUGUGUUAGUUAAUAUAUGAGCAAAACCACUGUGUGUUAUAAACAAAUCUUUUGUAAUCUUUACGAAAUCCUUUUCUUGAUUCACGUUAGUAAAUGUUUCUCGACGAAUUAGUUGGAUCAUUGAGCCAUAUGAUAUUACUAUUAAUUGGGAUUAGUACUAUUCUAUUGGUACUUAUACUAAUUGUGUGCUUUUCCGUUCCAAAAUGUUUUGGAUACGAGUAUUUAAAAGAAAAAAGAAACCAAAAAGACAAAACUGUUGCUGAGUGGCAAGCUGAACAUCCAAAUGGACAUAUUAAGUUAGAUGAUAUCAGUUACCGAUCUUGGCGUCUAGGGAGUCUUUAUGAUAAUGGAAGUAUUUGCAAGAGUAGAGACUCACUAAAGGAUUGGUCUCAUUCUGAUUGUUUAGAUAAUGAUUCACAAAAAAAGUCAUCUCCUGUAAGUUUAGUAGAUCGAGGAAAUCAAACAAAUUCAAAAAAAAUACAAGAGUUUCCAACUGAAUUAACACUAAGUCUACAAUUUUUACCAACGAUUGAUGAGCUGAAAAGUACAAAAGGGAAACUUGUAAUUAGUAUUGAGGCUUUAUCCAAUCUUCCGCCCAAGUUGUAUAAUUGUGCAAUCAAACCUUAUGUUGUUGUGAAGAUUGUUAAGCAGUUGUGGACUCCUAAAAAACAGAAUGUGCUCCAUAGUUUCAGAACCCGUAGUAUGCGACACACGGUCAACCCAGUAUAUAGAGAAACAUUCGUCAUAGCAGAUGUUAAUGUGUACAGUACAAAGGAUUGGAUUUUAUCUAUAUCAGUCUUUGAUAAUGAUCGAUAUGCUAAUCAUACAGAAUUAUCUACCAUUCAAAUUCCACUUAAAGAUGUUAAAAAAAUAUUUACGAACCCAGAGAUAAAUUUAUUCAAUUUUAAAAUGAAACAAUCUAAUCAAGAAUUUGGAAAUAUUUUACUGGGAGUAACUUAUCUUCCAACUGCUCAACGCUUAUCGAUAACUGUUAUGAACAUACGGAAUUUAAAAUGCUUAACAGGCACAUCGCUACCAACUGAGUUAAAUUUGUAUGUGCGAGUUCUAAUGCUUUAUGGAAAAACUGGAAGAAAAAUUCGGAAGAAAAAAACAAGAGUGCUCGGUCCAGCAAUAGGCAUUGAGUUGAAUGAAACGCUUACGUUUGAGUUAUCCUUCAAUCAACUAGAUACUGUCCAAUUUCUUCUAAUACUUUGUAGUAAGGUUCUGGUUACAGCGAUAGGAGGCAAUAAUCACCCCAGUGAUAGUGAGGAAUCAGCAACGUCCAUCAAUAAUACUAAGGAUGUGUUCAUUGGAAAAGUUGUUCUAGGAAACGGUGUUCGUGGAAGUACUGAGAGGCUUCAUUGGUUUUCUGUUCUUCACAAUCCCCGAAAACUAGUAGCUGAAUGGCAUACCCUUAAAUAAAUUAUAUACUUAUUGUCAUCCCACCAAGAGAAUGCACCUCGGGUGUCGUCGGUUUUUACUCCCACUCUAGAUGUUUUAUGUGCUAAAUGUUCUCCUACUUUUCUGUGCACAUGCGCAGUUCAUAAAUGUUCAGUAGUGGAAGCAAUUUCCGAGGUGCAUUUUCUUACUGGGACCACAAUACUACAGUUAUUAAUUUAUACAUAAAAGUGAAAACAAUAAACUAAAUAGAAAAAGAAUGAAAUUUUAUGGAUCAUUUAAUGAUCCUGUGCUGUAAAAACAUUUAUAAAAGGUAAAAUAAACUAUUCAAGAAUUUUUAAACAAUGAU